GUACGUCAGUAACAUAUAUACUGAAUGAUAACAAUGUAUAUUUCUGUGUGCUUCGUGCUUCGCAGGCUCGCAGCUAAGCGAAGAAACAAGGCAGAACAAAUAUGGCCUGCCUGAGCCACAACCUCCCAGUUUUCAUCCACUUGCUACUACUAAUCUCUUUCUGCAGAUGCGAUGACCAGUUGAGACAUGCGAAGCGACUAAUCUCUCCUAGCGACAUGCUCAUCUCCAAAGGUGGAGACUUUGCGCUCGGAUUCUUCUCCCCGGCCACCUCCAACCAGAGCUUAUUCCUUGGUAUAUGGUAUCACAAUAUCUCCGAGCGCACCUAUGUUUGGGUUGCCAACCGCGACGACCCGAUCGCUGCAUCUUCAUCCGCGACGCUCUCCAUCAGCAACAAUUCUGCUCUUGUAUUGUCAGAUUCCAAAGGCCGCACCCUAUGGACGACGAUGGCAAGUCCCAACAGUAUUGUCACCGAAGACGACGGAGUUUACGCGGUGCUGCUCGACUCAGGAAAUUUGGUUCUUCGGCUAUCGAACAAUACAACCAUAUGGCAAAGCUUUGAUCAACCAACUGAUACCAUUCUGCCCAACAUGAAGUUUUUAGUGAGAUCCUACGGACAAGUCGCCAUGCGGUUCAUCGCUUGGAAGGGCCCAGAUGACCCAUCCACCGGGGAUUUCUCCUUCAGCGGCGAUCCCACGUCAAACUUUCAGAUCUUCAUCUGGCACGAGACAAGGCCAUAUUACCGUUUCAUUCUGUUUGAUAGUGUCUCGGUGUCCGGUGCAACAUACUUGCACAACAGCACCUCUUUUGUCUAUAAAACAGUCGUGAACACUAAGGAUGAGUUUUACCUCAAGUACACAAUCUCUGAUGAUUCACCAUACACGCGCGUCAUGAUUGACUACAUGGGCAACUUUAGGUUCAUGAGUUGGAACAGCAGCUUGUCCUCAUGGACUGUCGCAAAUCAACUCCCAAGGGCCCCUGGCUGCGAUACCUAUGGCUCGUGUGGCCCAUUCGGCUACUGCGACCUCACGUCGGCCGUCCCAAGUUGCCAAUGCCUCGAUGGGUUUGAGCCUGUUGGCUCCAAUUCUUCUUCAGGAUGCCGGAGAAAGCAACAAUUGAGAUGUGGAGAUGACCAUUUUGUGAUCAUGUCUAGAAUGAAGGUUCCUGACAAGUUCUUGCAUGUCCAGAACAGAAACUUCGACGAGUGCACGGACGAGUGUACCCGCAACUGCUCGUGCACGGCCUACGCCUACACCAACUUGACCGCAACCGGCACCAUGUCCAACCAGCCAAGGUGUUUGCUUUGGACAGGGGAGCUUGCCGACGCGUGGAGGGACAUCAGGAACACCAUUGCUGAGAACCUGUACCUCCGGUUGGCCGAUUCUACUGGGUCAAAUUCUACAGUAAACAGAAAGAAGAAGAGGCACAUGGUGGUAAAUAUUGUACUCCCAGCUAUAGUGUGCCUACUAAUACUCACAGCGUGCAUAUAUCUUGUCAGUAAAUGCAAGUCAAGAGGCGUCCGACAAAACAAGGAAAAAACGAAAAGACCUGUCAUUCAACAGUUGAGCACUAUUCAUGAUUUGUGGGAUCAAAAUCUGGAAUUUCCAUGUAUUAGCUUUGAAGACAUCACUGCUGCAACAGACAGUUUCCAUGACACCAACAUGCUUGGAAAAGGAGGUUUUGGCAAAGUAUAUAAGGGAACAUUGGAGGAUGGCAAGGAAAUUGCUGUUAAAAGGCUCAGCAAGUGUUCUGAGCAAGGGAUGGAGCAGUUCAGAAAUGAACUGGUUCUUAUUGCCAAACUGCAACACAAAAACUUAGUUAGACUUCUUGGUUGCUGUAUUCAUGGAGAUGAGAAGCUGCUUAUUUACGAAUACUUGCCCAACAAAAGCUUAGAUAAAUUCCUUUUCAAUCAUACAACAGAGGCUACACUUGAUUGGCUGACAAGGUUCAACAUUAUCAAAGGGGUAGCAAGAGGACUUCUUUAUCUCCAUCAAGAUUCAAGAAUGAAGAUAAUUCAUAGAGAUCUCAAAGCAAGCAACAUACUGCUCGAUGGAGAGAUGAACCCCAAAAUAUCGGAUUUUGGUAUGGCGAGGAUAUUUGGAGGCAAUGAGCAACAAGAAAGUACUAGACGAGUUGUUGGGACAUAUGGUUACAUGUCACCUGAAUAUGCAAUGGAAGGCACCUUUUCAGUCAAGUCCGACACAUAUAGCUUUGGUAUUUUGCUUCUAGAAAUUGUAAGUGGAUUAAAGAUCAGCUCACCUCAUCAUCUUGUGAUGGAUUUUCCAAACCUUAUAGCUUACGCAUGGAACUUAUGGAAAGAUGGAAGACAAAGGGAUUUUGUGGACAAAUCAAUUUUGGAGAGCUGUUCCCUCAGCGAAGUUUUUAAAUGCAUCCAUAUUGGACUCAUGUGUGUUCAGGACAGCCCAAAUGCUAGGCCACUGAUGUCAUUCGUUGUGUCUAUGCUGGAGAACGAGGACAUGCCACACCCAAUUCCAACACAACCUAUAUAUUUUGUGCAGAGGCAUUAUGAAUCAGAAGAACCAAGAGAAUACUCAGAUAAAUCUGUUAAUAAUGUGAGUCUGACUAUACUAGAAGGCCGCUGAAUAAAUGUUUUAGCAUAAGCUCUAAACAGAUGGAUGGUUGUAUAGUACAUUAGUACGGAAUACUUUCUCCGUUUCACAA